AUGAAGCAAGACCUGGUAUUGGAUCCGGGUCAGUCGCAAUCCUACUGACAGCAAAGGCAAUAACGAGACUAAUCAAACGCUCUAUGACGCUCUACAGCCAUCCGGGACUGGGUACGUAGUAGACGUACUUCUAGUCGCUGCCCUCGCGUCGAGGCCAUAGACUCAAGGAUCCUAUGUACUCUUCGCCCUCACAGGUCCUCGGUCCUUUGACUGCCAUCAUGCUGCUCAGUGGUCUGACUCGCCACUAUGUAGCCAUGGGCAUGAACUCGCCGCCCAAGCAACAGCCUCUCCUGGCCAUUCGCGAGCAGUGCGUCGUCGGGCUCGCUCCACCCACUGCCACAACAUGCAACCCGAGCUGAAGCUUGGCAUCGUUCUUUUAUCUCUCAGGCGAUCUCUUACACGGGGAUUGAUCUUGCGAAGCAACUCGUCCUUCCUUCCGCCUGCGGCCUUCAUCGCUCUCAAAGCCCACCUCGCUUCGGCCUACAAGUCGGGCUACUACCUCAAGGAACCGCCUAGAGCAGAAGGGGAGGCCGCACCACCACCUGCGAAUGCUUUGACUGAUCCGGGAGUGAUGGAUGGGAUGUUGGAUAUGCUUAAGAAGCAGGCUGUCGGGUUCUUGCCUCAGGUGGGUCGUUGCAGGCUUCGUUCAAGAGCCCUACUUGAGCGCGGCACUAAGACAAUGCGAAUAUAAUUCGCAGACCAUCUUGAUGUACUACAUCGGAUACUUCUUCGAAGGAUUCGUCCUUAGUGCGUGACGAUCAUCUGAGCGUGUUCAGGACUGGGUACCCGUGGGUUCCGGCUGACGUCCCACCCCCACAUGCUCUCCGAAAUCCUCACCAUCCAUCACCCACAGCUCGACUACCAUUCCCCCUCACCCUUCGCUUCAAGUCGAUGCUUCAAAGAGGAAUUGAAACCCAAGACAUGGACGUCAGCUGGGUCUCGUCCGUUUCGUGGUAUUUCCUGUGCUUGUUUGGGCUGAGCUCGGUCUAUCGGUUGAUCCUGGGCGAGGAGAACGGUCAGUCCUCAACGCGAUCCACGCGACAGUUCGCUCUGAACGGCAAUUGAUGUCUUUCUGUCGAUGAAUUGCAGCUGCCGAUGGGAAUGGAGCCAUGAUGGCGCAGAUGGGCGGGAUGGGAGGGAUGGGGGCAAGUCCAGCCGCUGGUGCUGCACCUCCACCACCAAUGCCGGGGCAACCUGCCGUCGACUAUCACAAGCUGAUGAAGAAUGAGAAGGAGAACUUGGACAUUGUCGAGUACAGGUGGGUCUGUGAAGGCGUCGAGGAUAGGCUGCUGAAGAAGUUUGGCUCUGGAUGA